UAAAAUAAUGGCCCCAAUGAUUUAUACACUAUACGGAUUUGCGAUCUUUUUUUUUAUAUUCUGGUGUGGUUUAUGGUUAUUACAUUUAAUUGCAAUUGUUUAUGGAAAAUGGAAACUUCAUAAUCGAGAUACAUUAACGCCUAGAGAGGUGCCUUAUGCGGGUGUAUCAAUAAUAAAACCCCUCGUGGGCGUUGAUCCCAAUUUAUUUGUAAAUUUGGAAACAUUUUUUACAAUGAAUUAUCCUAAGUAUGAGUUGUUAUUUUGUAUUGAGAAUGAAUCAGAUCCGGCUGUUAUGAUUGUCAAAAAAUUAUUAGAUAAAUACCCAGAAGUGGAUUCUUCAUUAUUUAUAGGUGGUUGUGAAGUAGGAGUUAAUCCAAAGAUAAACAACAUGCAGCCUGGUUAUGCAUGUGCUAAACAUGAAUAUAUUCUUAUAUCAGAUAGUGGUAUUAGAAUGAAAGAAGAUACAUUAUUGGAUAUGAUGCAUCAUAUGCGUGACGAUGUCGCAUUAGUUCAUCAACUGCCAUUUACAUGUGAUCGAGAUGGUUUUGCGGCCACUUUUGAAAAAGUAUUUUUUGGAACAGUACAAGCGCGUAUAUAUUUAGCUGCUGACUUGUUACGCAUCAAUUGUCAUACGGGUAUGUCAGCACUAAUGCGAAAACAAUUAUUAGAUGAUGUGGGUGGUUUACGUGCGUUUGGGUGCUAUUUAGCUGAAGAUUUUUUUAUGGCUAAAUCAUUUACGGAUCGUGGUUGGCGAAUAUGUAUUAGUAGUCAACCUGCUUGGCAAAAUGCUGGUCUUUGUGAAGUAACUAGCUUUCAAGCGCGUUUAACAAGAUGGGCGAAAUUACGUGUUGCAAUGUUACCGCCCACAAUAAUUUUGGAGCCGUUGUCCGAAUGCAUGGUAAUUGGUAUGUGUGCGUCAUGGGCAGCUUCCUUACUGUUUGGUUGGGAUUCAGUUGUUUUUUAUAUGAUACAUAUACUUUUAUGGUUUUUAUUAGAUUGGAUACUUUUAUCCAUUGUUCAGAAUGGAGCGUUAACAUUUAACAAAUUUGAUUUUGUUGUGGCUUGGAUGUUUCGUGAGUGUUCUAGCCCAUAUUUAUUUUUACAUGCACUUUGGGAUCCAACAAUUAGAUGGCGUUCGCGUGUGUUUAAACUAGCAUGGGGUGGGAUUGCUAAAGAAUUAAAAUCAAGAAUUAAAUAUUAAACAAAACAAAAAAACACUAUUUUUUACUGCGAAAAUGUUUUUUAGAUUUUAAGUAGCUUAUAAAAACAAAACAAAAACAAAAUGUUUGCGUAACGUGUUUACGGGUACACGUUUUUUUGAUCAUGUAAAACGUUCUUUAUUUUUUCUUCAAGUUUUAUUUCCCACACAUCCUGUACUAUUAUAUUUACUGUACUUCACAUACACACAUGCGCAUUUUUUACAUUUCUUUUCUUGGGUUUUAAGACUCUUCUAAAGAAUGUUUAAUAAAAUCGUGAAUCGGAAAAAAAACGUUUUUAUUAAAUGUUUUAAAAAGAAAUUCGCUUCGAAAACAUUUGCUUGCGUUCUAAAAGCGAUUGUUUCCCCAACCAUUGAAACGAAUUCAUUCUCAAAGAUAUUAAAAACAUUGAACACACAUUAAACGCGUGCGCAAUCGAUUCUUAUAAAUGCUACUUAAAAAUUUUUUACUUAAAGUGUGCCAAUUUUUUAUAAAUUUUCAUUGUAGUAUUACCGCGCAUUGUCCUCACUUCACGUUUCCCCCCCAAUCCCCCGGAAAAUUGGUUGUAAUUUUGCUCGUAGGCCAUAAAAUAAAUGUAGGCCUAUUUAAAAAUUUUAUUCUUUCGAAUUGUAUAUCGAAAAUUGCUUUUAUUUUAUUUAUCUUUGUGAAUGAUGAAAACUUUCCUUACCCCGACUAAAAUUGAAGAAAAAUAAAAAAUUUUUGAAGUCGUAUAUUUUCUGGCUAAUUCGAAUAUAUUGAAUCUCUCACAAAAUUUAUAUUUAAAAAAAAAUCUGCAAUGCGCCGCCACUGAUGUAUAGUUUCAAUUAUUUUACUUAUAUAUGUAUAUAUUUAUACAGGGUGUUCAAGUUAUUUUAAUAUAAAGUGUUCAUUUAAUUCAUUGCUUGGCAUAAAACACAGCAAAAAUCUUGAAUACUUAAAUUAAUUCAAGAUUAGAAUCGGGGGGAUUUCGAAAGCUACGAUUGGAUUCAGGCAAAGCCUUAUUCACCUUUCAUCUUUUCUCAGAAAAGAAUUCACUAUUCGCCUCGAGGUCGGAUCUAUUUAUAUUUGCUUCAUGAUUGUGUACAAAAUUAAGAAAUAUUUUAAAGAAAAUUGUAAUAAAAUCGAUUUUCAAGUUUUAUCUUCACCGUACUUAAAAAGGGGAUAAUUUCAUGAGAGUUUUUUUUCUCGAAAUGAAUGCUUCUAAUU